UAAAAUAAGUAAGAUGUUAUGCUAAGGACUCCUACUGAAAAUUGAUUAACAACAGACGUGCCUCGAAUUUAAAUGUUAUAUACACCACUGCUAUGCGAACAUUAUCCGGGGGUAAUGCUAUUGACCCAGAGUCACGUGUACAUGUAAGCAAAGCAUAUGUAGGGGUGCGACAUAUCAGGAAUGGGUCAAAAGGAGUCAAGAAGAGCAUCAUCAUUAGAACGAUCCGUUGCAGAGACACCUCGCACGCGUCCAACGCCAAAAGAAACGCAAAACACAACGUCAGACGUAACGGCGAUCGCUGAACAAAUGUUACCAAGCACAUCAACUUUGAAAGUUACACCGGUACCUGUAAUGGCGAAGGCAGUGGAUAAGACCACGCCUUGUCUAGUGGUUGCAAUAGAUAUAGGAUCGUUUGCAAGCGGGUAUGCCUGGCUUUGGAGAUGGGCAUAUGAAGAAACGCCUCUGGCAGUACAAACAAAUCCCCACUGGCAACAUGGAUCACGUGUUUCACAGAAAACACUGACAGCUCUUCUGUUAAAGCCAGAUAAGACGAUUGCCGCCUUUGGCUACGUAGCCAUAGAAAAGUUGUGUACACUUGAGCAAAACCAUAAAGACCACGAGGACUGGUAUUUUUUCCAAGGCUUCAAGAUGACUUUGCACAGAAAAAAGGAAUGUGUAGAUUUCAACCAAACAAUCGAAGAUUACAAAGGACGACAUCUUCCUGCGUCAUUUGUAUUUGGAUGUGUGAUUACAUAUUUCAAAGAACAUGCGCUGAGUCAUUUUAAAGUAAAUAACGCUGAUUACCGUGAUUACCGUGAAUCGGAAACGAAAUGGGUUGUCACAAUUCCGGCUAUUUGGACUGACUCAGCAAAGAGCAUCAUGAGAGAAGCAGCAAGACAGGCUAACAUAAGAGACAGUAAUCUUACAAUAGCUCUAGAACCGGAAUGCGCAGCAAUCUACUGUCAAAAACUUCCACACGGCCAGUUCCUUGUCACUGCAAAGAAUUUAGACAAAAAAUACGCCUUCGAACCUGGAUCGACCGUAAUGGUAGUUGACAUGGGAGGUGGAACAGUUGACAUAACAACAGUGGAAGUAAAUGCUGACUCCAGCCUUAAACAUGUCCACAAGUCUGGAGGUGGAGCGUGGGGAGGUAUGAGGGUGAAUGACGAGGUCUUCAAUAUGCUUUUGGGAGUAUUUGGCCAUGAGAUAUUCGAUGUUUUUCAAGUCAAGAACAAAAUGGAUUUCAUCGACAUGCAAAUGGACGUUGAAACUCAAAAACGUCAGGUUGGGCCUCAUAACGAACAAGAAUAUUUUCGAGUGCAGAUUUCACAAGAGCUCGUAUUGCUGUUCAAACAAAUCAAGGGUGAAAAGUUCAAAGAGGUUCUUGAAGCAAGUGGAUUAUCUUUUAUGAAUUCACGGCUGUAUAUUCCAAUACAAAAAGUAUUUGCCUUUUUUAACAUUGUUAUUAAAGACAUAUGUGAGUUUAUCACAGACAUCCUGGAACAAAUGCAAUUGAUACAUCAAGUUACGGCUGUUGUUGUAGUUGGAGGAUUUGCAAAUUCAAAUUACGUAACAGAUGCAAUAAGGGACAAUCUUGCGAGUCGUUCCAUCCCUGUAAUCCGACCUGAUGACGCAGAACUUUCUAUUCUAAAGGGCGCCGUACUGUUUGGUCACAACGAGGCGAUUGUUACAUCACGUAUAAUGCCGCGAACCUAUGGGGUAGCUUGUACAAUGGAAUAUGAUAAGAAAAGACAUAAUAAAGAUUUAACAUUUAGAGACGGAGGAAAAGUGUGGGCAAACACAGUAUUUAGAAAGCACGUAACGAUCGGUCAGUCAGUAACAUGUGGAGAAUGGAUAGUUGAUAAGGAUUACUAUCCAGCAGACGCAAAUCAAACAGUUGCAACCAUUUAUAUGUUUUCGUCAGACAAAACUGAUCCCAGCCAUACCACAGAUGAGGGAUGCAUAUUUAUUGGUCAGUUCGAUGUGGAUUUUCCACCACGUGAUGACGAAAGAAACGUCAAUCGAGCGGUUAGUGUGUCCAUGCGAUUUGGAGGAACAGAGAUUGAAGUUAAAGCCACAAACACAACAACAGGAAAAACAUACUUCAAAUACUUAAAAAUGUGAAAGCGUUUGUGACAGUAUCACGGUUCAAACAAUACAAAUACCAGUAUGUUCUUCUUUAUACGUGUUUCUUGACAAUUGUUUAAUGUAACUUAUGAGUUGUAGUCGGAUGUAUACCCUUAAUUAGGACAAUUAAAUCGGAUAAUGUUUACAUUUGCAACAUGUCAUUUCAGUAAUGAAUGGUCGAGAGUUUUUAUGAGAGUAUGUUCUCAACGUCCUUUAAAUGCGCUGGUGACCUAAUCAAGAUAUUGACUUGGAUAAACCCUCACCCAUAUUUACGGAACAGUUUACCUUUUUUGCAAAUGAAUAUACUUACCAAAUUCACGCACAUUUUUAAAACGAAUGUAGUAUCAACUUAAAUGAUUGUAUUAUUGUGUAACUUUUUCGGAAUAUGAACUAAGAGUCUAAGAGAGACAACAAUCAUUCGUUUACAAAUCGCCAUAUCGGUUGUCACUCGGAUAUAAUCUUAGAUGAACUGCACCAAAAGUCCGACGUUCAACCGGGUUGAAAUGCAAAUGUUUUGCUACAACAAUUAUAUCUCGGUGACCUUUUUUUCCUAUUAAUCAGGCAAAUUUCUACGUGCCUCACAUAGAGCUUGUGAAUGCUUAUAAGAAUCCUGAUAAUGUGUAAGGAGGGUCAUUAUUCCCAUAUGUCAAUCAUGAUUAAGCAUAUUUUAAAUUACAGUAAAUUUUAUAAUGUUUAUUUUCGGAGUAAGUUAAGUGUUCCGAAAAGGACCGGGAUGUAGAUAAAGCCCCCUAACGUGUGUGGCUUUUUUGUCUUCUUGUUCUCCUCGUUUUCUUAAUGUUUACAAUAAAUUAAGAAAAACAAUUAUAAAGUGAUAUAUGGUAGUAAUGUAAAAUCAAUUGUAUUAUGUUUCUCCAUCAUUCAAUAAUUCAAAGUGUUCCGUGCGUGGGAACCAAAUUGUUGGUUGAUGAUAUUAUUAAUAGGACAAGAAUUUAGUACAAAUAACUUACAUUUCUUCUUCUUUUUUGAAUUUUUUAAAUUUUACGAAAACAUUUCUGUAAAGCCCUUGAACAUACGGUAAAUGGGUUUAAAUAUUAUGUUAUUUGUACUUAUAUUUGUGAUUGAUUUUAUUUUUCUAAUCAUAUAUAAAUCCUAUCAUGAAACAAUAUGGAUGAUGUAUUUUGUUGCCAUUUUUAAUAAUCCGUUUGUAGGAAUCAUACAAGAAAAAAAACCUAAUACACUUAUUGUCUUAACAAUCAUUACAAUUAUUUUAUAUUUUUAAAAUGCAAUGCCUUAAAAUUAAAGGCCUAGUGUAGGGUAAAAUGAUUUAAUAUUUAAGAGGUAAAUUGUUUGGAAAAUCAGUAAUGAACACAGCUAUUUUCCCAUUGUUGAGAAUUAUUAACAUACAGCAAAACAAUUCUUUAAAUGUUAAUUAUGAAAAGUUAAGCAACAAGUACACAAAAGCAACAAGGAUGCAGUCAAAUUACAGACACAUAAAAAGUCACCUAAAGAACGAAAACUACCGAAAAGCAGGAAAAGGCGGUACAUCAAAGCUCUUUUAUGUGUAUCUGACCAAUAUGCAAACGCGGGUGACUUUACACUUUAUUUUAUGUGGUACAAAGCGCGGUUGUAAAUACAUUACUUUAAAGUAGUUGAUACUUGUUUUAGUUUCAUUUCUGUGUGUCUCAAACCUCUAUAAAUAGAUUGCUCUGGUCUGGAUUCAACUGUUGAGUCGUUAAAUGCAAAUAUAAUUGAAAUAUUUUCUCUUUUAUUGCUGCUUGCGUUGAAUUGUGAUAAUGUGGGGUUAAUUUCUAUACAAAUACAUUAUGUUUUAUUAAUACCUGUGAGCAAAUUGUGUGGUUUUGAGCUCCUUUAAACCUGACUGCAUUUCCCUUACAAUUUUCAAUUAAUAUUAAAUUUAAGCAACAUAUAUACCAUAAUUUUAAAAAACUUCGGUAUCAAAAUCCUGCAACCAGAUUAAUAAAAAGAGAAACUAGAUCUAUCUCUAAGCUAAGAAAGAUUUAUACAAAUUGAUAAGAAUAUGUUAAUUUUAUGUUCAUUAUCUUAUUCAUCAUACUCAUCUCAACCAAGGGGUUUAAGAAUAUUACUAAUACAUUUUGCUUGUGAUAGUACGUGGUCAAACUAAACUUACACUACAUUAUGAAUUUGUGUAUAGCGUUUUAACCUCAGACUAUGAAAAGCACCUUUGUUAAUAAUGUAAAUAAUGUCCCAAUUUAUAUAAGGUAAUAGUAGUUGAAAACAUACAAUUAUUUUAUUUUGAUUAUGCUGUUGAAACAUUAAUGUUUAUGUUUGAAACAAAGGAUUAAUAAAAUCUUCUUAAUUAAUUAAUAAAAUGCUGCGGAAAUCGGAAAACAAAAUCAAUUUGGUUAUGCUGUUAUUUCAGUCUAUAAUUUAUUUUAUCAAUGCUAAUAGUUUAAAACGCCGCAAACGUGUAAUAAACACGUAUUUGUGUAAACUUCGAAUAGUACAUGAAGUACACACGUGCCUAUAGCAAUUUGCUUAUUUAUAAUUAAUGUUGUUGUUUUUUUCUUUGUGAUUGUUGAUUGUUUACCCUUGAUUUACUUAAUGUAUAUUAAUAUAGUAUAUAUUGUUUAAUAAUAAUUUUGUUCAGUGAAUGCAUUUUUGAUUACCUGUAUACGUGUGUUAUUUCCCCUAUAAGUGUGUAACUAUUCUAAAUAUAAAUAAAACACAUAUAUAAAUUUUGUUUGAAUAUUAGCAGAUUUACUUUUUAUAAUCUUGAUAAUUUGUCCCACAUUCAAAAUCGGUGUCUUUUUUAAAUCCAUACUCUACGCAGAUGUUUAUGCAUGUUUUAUUUGAAACAAUAUGUUUGUCCUUUCCCAAAUUUUCUAAAUUCAUUUUUCAUCUUUCUACAAAGAUAAUCACAUUGUGUUUCUAUUGUUGAUUAGUAGAAUAUUAUUACAGAAAAGUGUACGCAAAACAAUAUGCAUUUUUGUUUUAAUUUUUAUGUUUUGUUUUAAUUUGGAUGUGGUAUAUUAUUCCACAAUGGUAUACAAAACAAUACAUAUGAUGGUUUAUUAUGGUUUAAUAUACUAUACAAACGCAUCCAAAUAAAAAGUAAUGCGAACAGAGCAUUGGUUUACGAGAUGUAUAUUAUAACAAAACAAAUAUAAACGCAUGUACAUUUAAUGAGUAAAAUUAAUGAUAAAUAGUACAGUUUGUGAUUGUAUUAACUGUGAUAAAACAUAAAACGCUAAUAUCAUCAGCUAAUACCAUGCUUUUAUUUGCUAUAGCUAACGUUUGUGCAAAUGAUGCUUUAAUAUGUGAGAUAUUGUCUCUGAAUGGAAACACUGAAAACACAUGCUACUUUUCGAGCACACCUUUUGCAAAAAAUGACUGAAUUUUAGUAUCUGAUUAGCAUAUGCACAGACAUAUAGCCUUAAGGACGUACGCGGUAGUUUAGUUUUACGCAAAUUUGUUUUGACUGUAACACCGGUUUCGCAAUAAGUGUAUGCUUUUUCGGAUUUUCGAAUACAAACGGGAUGCAUAUUCAAUAAAGGAAUGAUACCAAGAAAUAAAGUAUUAUGAAGUUUAGAAAAUUGAUAACCAAUUUGUAGCCCCUUAAUAACACAGUAAUAAUCGACCAUCAUUCCUGCGACUACAAAAACCUUUUUUAUCGCAUGUUUGUAACAACAAGCAAGAAUCUCAUUACGGAAAACAGUCAAUACUUCCUUAUAACUGAAAAUGUUUGUGUCGCAAGUACGACUUGUUUAAACGGAUAGCUUUCCUUCAAGUUAAGCAAUUUUUGUCAUUGAAUCAUCACAUAUUUAAAACAUGCCAUCAAAGUAAAUGUGUUAUAUAUAAAAUAUAAUCAAAAUCGUUAUUUGCGUGUCAUGUUAUGCUUCAAAAUAAAUCGGAAAACUUUAAUUUCCCAAGCAUCGGCUUAAGAUAUCAACUUUUAUGUAAUGUUGUUUGAGGUAAUUUACUACAUAGAAUAUCUGAUGAAUUAAAAUUAUCCAUCCUCGACGCUCUGAUACUUCUGAACCAUGUGCGGGUGUUGGUGCAUGCCGCACGUGUAUAUAAUACUUGCAAAUUAUUUAAUUUUUGCGCUUAAUUUAUUUCUCUCUGACCAAUAUGAUUCGAACAAAACUAAGAUUGUGUUUAUUUUUGAUAAGCAAUUGAUUAGAUAACAACAUUGAUGUACACUAAGGCAUUUAAAGGCUGGUCAAUCGUUAAGCAAAGUAUUUGAACGAACGCCGGUACCGCACGUGAAAGCCAGUUAUAAUACACACAUAACGUCAUAUUACACGAAUGCAAUGCAAUCUAAAUCUUUCUACCUAAAUAGUGAAACCCUUUUUUUAUUUUUGUGACACGCUGAAAUACUUAAGACAAGACAUGGGAUCACGCGUAGCAUUGAGGAACUUGACGGGGCCCAUAUUCUGGCAUGGGAAAACAAUACCCUUUAAAAUACAAGUACAUGUAUAUAAUGGAUUCUCAAUAAGAUUUAUUCUUCUUUACAUUUGACAGAACAAUGACCCGCAUUAUAUUGAGCAAACAGGAUUACGUAUUUAUUUAUUUAGUGCAUUUUCAGUCCUGAUAUGUUGGGACUUAGCAUUUAUUGUUUGACUGCGAGUUGUAUUUUGAAUUGUAAUAGUGAACAAAAGAACCCGGUGACUUAGUAAAUAUCCCCGUCUAAAGGCGGAAGGAUAUAGAAUUUGCCUUGUUCGUCUGUACGUCAGUUUGUCCGCCUGUCUAUCACAAACAAAAUGUUGCGGGGGAUAUGAAUACAAGUAAUUUGCUUGUUAAUCUGUUUUCUUAUUUCUGUUUGAUAACCCACGAGCCGUUUGGGUAAAUUGGAAUGAAAUCUGUAUGCGGUAAGGUAUUCAGAAUUGAAAGUAAAAAAAGAUUUAUUUUUUUUAUUUUCCGAUUAACCUUGUUGAUAUCCGUUUGAUGUUUUAUGGUAUUAAAUAAAAUUGUAAUCAUAAUCAUAAUGGACACUGAGAAUUACAUUAUUUUCAACAUUUUUUCACUUGUGUGCUUAGUUUUGUUCUUUAAGGAAUAUUUGCGUGAUGAACUCACACGUUGAAAUAGAUUUAGUCGUUUAAUUCAAAGCUCAAUAAAACAAAAAAAAUCACCCGUCACCCUCGAUUUUUAUUUUAUUUUAAUAUCAGCAAAAGACAGAUCAAACAUUUAUAUGCUAUAUGUAAUAAAAAAUAAUAAAAACAACCGCGUACGUUCUUAAAAUGUAUUCUGUACUUUAAAAUAUCUGAGUCAUUGUAGAUUUAAAACCAAAAUACAGUUUCCAUCAUUUUUACAUUACAGUGGCGUAUCGAGAACUCAUAGAUUUUUAUAAUUUAAAAAACUCGUUAUGGAUAACGAGUUCAUAGGUAGUGAUUCAUUGCUUUACAUAUACGCCAUAAUUGCCUUCUGUAGUAUGUUUAUUCACAUGCAAACUUGUUUGUUGUAUGUAAACGUUUUCCUAAAAAUAAAACACUUGUGUUGGA